UGCAGUCAGAACCGGUCCGGGUCAAGAUGUGAAUCAAACCUUCAGGUGUUUUUUUAUUAUUAUUAAUUAGAAUAAAUUUCAUGCUUCCGGUCUGAAUCCAGAACCUGAUCCGAACCCGCAGCACCUGGAUCAGGAUGGAUCAGACCCUGCAGGUUCCGCUGACCCCCAGGUCGGUUCUGGUGGUCMCCGCGGUCCUGCUGGUCUCCCUGUGGUUCUGGCUCCGGCGGCAGACGUCGGUUCCGGGUCUGCCGGGACCCUUCUCCUGGCCCCUGAUCGGGAACGCGGCGCAGCUCGGGAACGCGCCGCACCUGUUCUUCGCGCGCAUGGUCCGCKGGUACGGGAACGUGUUCCAGAUCCGGCUGGGCAGCCGGACCGUGGUGGUCCUGAACGGGACCGCCAUCAGGCAGGCCCUCAUCAAGCAGGGUCUGGACUUCGCGGGCAGACCGGACUUCACGUCCUUCCGGUUCGUCGCGGACGGGGACAGCAUCGCCUUCGGGACCGUGACGGACCAGUGGAAGACGCACCGGCGCGUGGCCCAGUCCACGGUCCGGAUGUUCUCCACGGGGAACCCGCGGACCAAGAGGACCUUCGAGCGGCACGUGCUGUGCGAGUUCAGGGAGAUGCUGCGGCUGUUCGUGGACCGGACCCGGACCGAGCGCUUCUUCCAGCCCAUGACGCACCUGGUGGUCUCCACGGCCAACGUCAUGAGCGCGGUCUGCUUCGGGAAGAGGUACUCCCACCAGGACGAUGAGUUCCGGGACGUGGUGGGUCGGAACUACCAGUUCACGCAGACCGUGGGGGCCGGCAGCAUCGUGGACGUCAUGCCCUGGCUCCAGUACUUCCCGAACCCCAUCAAGACCAUCUUCGAGGACUUCAAGAAGCUGAACCAGGACUUCAGCGUCUUCAUCAGGGACAAGGUCCAGGAGCACAGGAAGACCCUGGAGUCCAGCGCCAUCAGGGACAUCACGGACGCCUUCAUCGUGGCUUUGGACCAGAUCCGGGACCGGACGGAUGUCCCGGCAGCCAAGGACUACGUGACUCCGGCCAUCGGGGACAUUUUUGGCGCGAGUCAGGACACCCUGUCCACGGCCCUGCAGUGGAUCGUCCUGAUCCUGGUCAAGUUUCCUCAGAUCCAGGAGCGUCUCCAGCAGGAGGUGGACAAGGUGGUGGACAGGAAGCGCCUCCCGUCCAUCGAGGACAUGUCCCGGCUGCCUUACGUCACGGCCUUCAUCUACGAGAUGAUGCGUUUCACCAGCUUCAUCCCCCUCACCAUCCCCCACUCCACCAUCACUGACACCUCCGUCAUGGGCUACGCCAUCCCCAAGAACACCGUCAUCUUCAUCAACCAGUGGUCCAUCAACCACGACCCGGACGUGUGGUCCAACCCGGAGAUCUUCGACCCCGAGCGGUUCCUGGACCCUCAGGGGUCCCUGGACAAGGACCUGACCAGCAGCGUCCUCAUCUUCUCCCUGGGGAGGCGGCGCUGCAUCGGCGAGGAGCUGUCCAAGCUGCAGCUGUUCCUCUUCACGGCCCUGCUGGCCCACCAGUGCCGCAUCGCGCCYGACCCCAGCAGGACCCCGACCCUGGACUACAGCUACGGCCUGACCCUGAAACCCCACGCCUUCUCCAUCGCGGUGUCUCUACGCGAAGACAUGAGGCUGCUGGACGAGGCCGCGUCCUCCGAGGAGCAGAGAGACGGUCGGACUCAGAGCGAAAAACCGGAGGAAAACUCAAAAGAUGAAGGUUGAAGAAACUUCGGCUCGUGUUUGUGGCUGGACUGAACGGCUUAACGUUCUGUAAUCAGUUUCUCUGGAAAAUUACUUUUUUUUUCACUUUAUUAAGCUUCUUUAACCUUUCUGUUGCAAUGUUGAACUCAUAAAACAUAUGUYACUGUGAUGCUACAAACUGUUAGCAUUAGUAAAUGGGUGCAGCACCCAUUUACUCCCAUCAUACUCUAACAAACAUUUUAAUAAACAUAACUCAGGAAAGUGACUUAGAUAUUUUAGCUAUAAAUACUUUUAAAAGUUUAAUAUAUAUGCUUUAUAGAUGCUGUUUUUAGAGACUCAAAUUGACGUUUUUUAUAUAUUUUUUGCUUUAAAACAGGGGUGGGCAAUCCUGGAGGGCCGC